AAAAUGCAUAUGUUUACGAUUCACUUCAUGGAUUGAGCCAUAACUUUAAAAAAGAAAAUUCAAUUUUCUUUUAGAAAUAUGGCGUGUUACAGCCUUACCAUUCCGUCGAGGAAACCAAAAUGCGGAGAACUUAAUGCACGGCUUUUGGUUUUUGAAAUGAUGAGGAGCGACAAGUUGCUUUGUUGAAGUCUUCAAUCGGAGUUGGAGUUAUACCUAACCGAAAGGGGUAUAAUUAAGUGCUUAAAUAUUGAAAGUGUCCCUAUGAGAAGCUUUAUAAGGAUCAAGACCCUGCAGCCACAUUUUCUGGGUAUCCAAGAUCUAUUUUAGUCACGGUUAGUACAAUAUUUAUUGUUGUUAAUGCAAGAUGGGGCAACAAACUGUGUAAGGAGAUGUGCACGCCUAUGGAAAGUGUCACCUGAAUGUGUUCCCUAACUUUCCCAUUAACGGUUUGUCUGGAAGUGAUACAACUCCAGCAUCUGACUUGCGUGCUUUGGGGGUUACGGCUAUGGAGUUAUUGAGGAAUAUCUCGAAAAUGUUUUUACUGCAUACCCUGAAAAGAUCACCGACUCGGAAAAGCUGCUUCUCAGUAGCAGGUACACGGAUACCAAAAUUAGUGUGUUUUCGUCCAAAGCUGCCUCUGAAGAGUAGAAACGUUUCUAAUAAUUUCGAGAAUAAUAAUUUUGAUGGAAGUAUAUCAAGCCAUGACUUUCGGUGUUUUACCACAAGCACAUGUUAUUCGAACAACAGAAAAAAUAUCAACGGCAGAAAACCUUCAAGAAAUGGAAAACAAAGUGUGGAGGAUGAUGAGAUCACAUCAGACGAUGAACAUGAGUACGAAUUAGCAGAUCCAGAAUUAGAAGAGUUAUUUAAAGAACGAAUAUAUCCUGUUCCUGAAGGAGGUCAUAGGGUAUUUAUUGUGCAUCCAAAUGUAAAAUGGGGAGAAAAGAAACAGCAUCUCACAACAGGUGAACUUCAGAUGGAUGAAGCAGUUGCUCUUGUGAACACCCUGCCCAACUGGCAUGUUGUUGAUAAGGUUAUUCUUUCUACAAAAACUCCAGACAGCAAAUUCAUUUUUGGCAAAGGCAAUUUUCAGUUGCUUACAGAAAAAUUAAAAGGGCUGCCACAAGUUACUGCAGUGUUUAUGAAUGUUGAGCGACUGUCUGCAUCAUCAGAGAAAGUAUUGGAAUCUGCCUGGGGUGUUAAAGUGUUCGAUAGAUACUCUGUCGUCCUUCACAUCUUCCGUUUCAAUGCCCGAACUAAAGAAGCUAAACUGCAGAUAGCAUUGGCUGAGAUUCCAUAUUUGAGGUCACAGCUGAAAAAUGAAUUGGCUCACUUAGACCAACAAGGUGGUGGAUCCAGGUACAUAAUGGGAUCAGGUGAGACCUUCAUGGAAGUUCAACAACGCCUUCUUAAAGAAAGGGAAUUGAAGAUUAGAGGGGUGCUAGAAAAACUAAGGAAGAAACGACAGUUGCUGAGGACUAAGCGCAAGCGCAGAGAGUUCCCAGUUAUUUCUGUCAUGGGUUACACAAAUUGUGGCAAAACGACCCUAAUCAAAGCUCUGACUGGAGACUCAGGCCUUCACCCGAGAGAUCAGUUGUUUGCUACUCUUGAUGUUACUACCCAUGCCGGCUUGAUGCCAAGCCGCCUGACUGUCCUUUAUGUUGAUACAAUUGGAUUUCUUUCACAGCUACCCCACAACCUAAUUGAAUCCUUCUCAGCAACUCUAGAGGAUGUGGCCUAUUCAGAUGUAAUCGUUCAUGUCAGAGACAUCAGUCAUCCUGAAAGCACGAACCAAAAAGUCAACGUUUUGAGUGUUCUCCAGAAUCUCCAACUCCCAAACCAACUCUUGGAUUCCAUUAUUGAAGUCCACAAUAAAAUUGAUCUUGUAGUAGGGUAAUUCGAAAUAUCUCUUCUCCAUUUUUAUCAACUCCUCAAUUUUGUGAGUACAAGAAUCUGGCUGCAGUGGAUCCAGAAAAGGUGGAUUAUUUAGCCAUUGGGGCAAUUCAAUGGAUUCAGGUUUUAAAAGAAAAGUCUUUCAUAGCAUCAUAAAGUCAUUCAGCCUGGAAACAGGCCUUUGGGUCCAACCAGUUCAUGCUGAACAUAAUCCCAAACAAAACUAGUCCCACCUGUCUGCUCCUGGCCAAUAUCCCUACAAACCUUUCCUAUUCAUGCAUUUAUCUAAACGUCCUUUAAACAUUGUAAGCAUCCACAUCCACCGCUUCCUCAAGAAGUUCAUUCCACAUGUGAACGACCCACAGUGUUAAAAGAAAUUACCCCCAUGUCUUUCUUAAGUCUCUCUCCUCUCACCUUAAAAAUGUGUCCCUUGGUCCUGAAAUACCCCCUGUUCAGGAAAAGACAUCUACCAUUAACCCUCACGAUUUUAUAAAUCUCUAUAAGGUCACCUCUCAACCUCCUACACUCCCGUGUAAGAAGUCCCAGCCUAUCCAGCCUUUCCUUAUAAAUCAAACCUUCCUUACCUGGCAACAUCCUGGUAAAUCUCUUUUUGCCUUUAUUCUGAGUCAUCCUUCAAGAAUAUCAAGCCUGCUGUCUUCUCACCACUGUCUCUUGGUGUUUAUUCAAUCAGUUCAAAGUUAUUCUGUUAACUGUCUUUCCCAUUAACCUGUGAUCAGACUCUAUGUAAAGCUGAUUUUUUUUUUUCCCCUCCCAUUUA